CGAGUAUUGGACAACACUGGCCGGCCAACUGUGUGUAGCAGAGCUGGCCUCAUCAGUACCUAUGUUCAGUCGAGAGCCGGGGACCGACAAGCGAGCACGUUGUACAGCGUCACAAGCGAUGAUGGCCACUCGAGUCCAGCAUUGAAGUCACCACGUCGUCGCAAUGGCACCGGUCGCGGCACUUGCUCUGUCGAUGCUCGCUUUCGGCUUCACUGUCGGCUUCAAUGGAGACAGCUUCGAACUAGAAUGUCCGGAUGAAUGCGAUUGCCACUACUUCAGGAUUAACUGGGUGACCGACUGCUCUGAGAGCAACCUCACAGAAAUCCCAUACGAUGAGCUGAGUCUUAGCGUGUACAUCUUGGACUUGAACGGAAAUAACAUUACGGCACUCAAACCCUUCCCCGGAGAUAUCAAGAUGAGAAGACUGCAGAUCGCCAACAAUCACCUUACAAGGGUUGACAAAGAAGCUUUCAAAGGAUUAGAGUACCUGAUAGACAUCGAUCUGUCGGGGAAUAACAUCAGCUACGUCGACCCUGAAGCCUUUCUUGACGCUCGUGGCCUCCUUAAUGUCGAGCUACAAGACAAUCCGUUGACUUCUGUUGAAGGACCCUUUUUGGCCUCCUCUACGCUACAAUAUUUGGACAUCAGUUUUUGCAAUCUAUCCUCAAUAAAUUCACAAUUCUUCGACAAUAUUACAACAUUGACUACGUUAGAUCUGUCGGGAAAUCCUCUUAAGACCCUGGAAGCGGGCAUUUUUGACGUGUUGACCAGCCUGGAAACGCUAAAACUGAAUGAUUGUAAACUCACUUCUAUUUCUGAAAACGCUUUUUCUUCUGCUACUAACAUAAAAUAUUUAGAGCUAUCGGGCAACAACUUAAUCAAUGCUGACUGGCCAGAGAUCCUUGGCAAACUGCUGAGACUGGAAUACCUGAACUUGAAGAGAUCAGGACUGACAUCACUGUCGGAAGACACUUUCUCUAAUUGCACCAAUUUGGUUACACUCAUCCUAGCUGACAACGAGCUCCGUGACUUGGAUGUCGCAGCCACGUUAGGUAGCAGCGUCACUCAUCUAGAAUUACUAGAUUUCUCCAACUGUAACAUACAAGGCCCUGUGUCCGGGGAAACAUUCACCAAUGCUACCAGGCUGAAAACUUUGUAUCUGUCUGGCAACCCACUAGUUGCAGCAGACUUGCAAGCAGCGUUGGAACCGCUAACAAAACUUGAACGAUUAUUCUUGAGCCACUGUGGCCUUCGCGAUUUGCCGGAUAACUUUAACGUUUUCGAUAACCUACUUGAACUUGACAUAUCCCAUAAUCCACUGGAAAACGUUUUCACAAAGUUAUUAGCACCACUCGAGAAGUUGGAAUACCUCAAUAUGGGAUACAGUAACCUCUCCUAUAUCGGACCAGACACUUUCGCUAAAAUGACAUCAAUGAAAAGAUUAGUACUAUCAGGAAACGAUCUUCUAUCUCUAGAAGCAGGGCUUUUUGGAAAUUUGACCCAACUUACUACAAUAGAACUAGAGUUUUGUGGCUUAAAACGACCGUUGAACGGAUUAGCUUUCUUUAAAAAUCUAACCUACACGGACUUACGCGAGAUACGCCUUGGUGGAAAUCCGUUGGUAAUUCCAGCAUCAGGGCCAAUAUUCCCGAAACAAUUAUCUCAAGUUUCAAUCCUGGAUCUUAGUAACUGUAAUAUAUCUGCACUGAACGCGGACGCCUUCAAGAACACUGAAAAUAUAACUGACCUUAACCUUGGUGGAAACCGUAUCAGAUCUACAGCGGGAAGUUUAGCAUUCUUAGAACGACUAAAUCACUUGGAAAAGUUAAACCUCGGAAGCAAUAACUUGACCACAAUAGAUCCUGAGGUAUUCAGCAACAAUCCCAAGUUGCAUUCCCUCAACCUCCUGGACAACCCGUUUGUGUGUGACUGUAAGGUCGCAGAGAUGUGGGACUGGGCUAAUAUGAUAAAAGGUGAUCUAGAUGUUCUAGUCGGAGCAAAGAGUGCCGAAAAAGACAUCGUAGUCAAAGGGAAUAAAAAGAAGAAGAACCUAUAUUGUCGUUACAACGAAACCCAGCUCCGGAAUAUGACUAUAAUGGUGAAUAAGACCGUGCCUGGCAGAAGGCCAUUCGCCAAACCUAGAGAGUUAACGUUUGCUAAUAGAACAUGGGCAAAGUAUGUGAGGGAGUCAGGGUGUGAACCGGUUGUGAAAAUUCUUCGACCGGUCGCUUUAGUCGGCGAACAAUAUGAUUACAGCUAUAGUAGUCAAAUCUCUACAGGAGUCACGGUGGUAGCCGUCAUGGCUUUGAGCUUAGGAGUCGCCACGGUCCUCAUGACUAUCAAACUAUUUAGAAGGAAGAACAUAAUCGAAGCAGACUCGGAGACAAAUAGGAAGGUUAGAUAGCAGACGAGUGGCGUCCGCCGGCCAGUGUACCGCCAGCUGCCUCCGAUGCUCCUUUGGAAACAUAAUUAUGUUUAACCGAUUUUUGUACUCUCGUAUGUAGAUAAAUAUGUUCUCUAGAAGUGUUACAGUUUUAGAAAUGUUUCGAAUUUAUAUGGUCACUUAUUUAUUUUAUGUUACUAGUCACAUAGCUUCGAUUGAGGUCAUGAUUCUCAUGCGGUUUGUGAAGUUAUUUAUUAUGAGCUUAUACAUUAAGUACGUAACAGUGUUUAAUUAAUAAAAAAAUAAUUCCAACCUUUUUUUAUUACCC